UUGGCAUGGUUUUAGAGAAGAUUGUCAUUCCAGAAGUACAGAAAGUAUCUGGCCUAGUGGAGAAGAAAAUUUGUGCAGUUGGGAUAACAAAGAUACUCACAGAAUGCCCUGCAAUGAUGGACACAGAUUAUACAAAAUUAUGGAUCCCGUUACUGCAAGCACUGAUUGGCUUGUUUGAGUUGCCUGAAGAUGACAGCAUUCCAGAUGAUGAACACUUCAUUGAUAUUGAAGAUACUCCUGGAUACCAGACUGCCUUCUCUCAGCUUGCAUUUGCUGGUAAAAAGGAACAUGAUCCUAUUGGAGAAUCAGUGAGCAACCCGAAGAUCCACUUAGCUCAAUCACUGCACAAGCUAUCUAGCGCAUGUCCUGGAAGGGUCUCAUCUAUGUUGAAUACCAAUUUAAGUCCAGACACGUUGCAAUAUCUGCAUGGUUACCUUCAGGCAGCCAGUGUCCAGCUCAUCUGAAACAAGCAUAAGAUCCCAGGCUUGUUCCAUUUUCUAGACUGUUUUCAGAGCACAGUGCACAUAGCAGUUUCAAAGCCUCAUCAGACACCCUGUUUUUGUUACCACAGUGAGAUGAUGCUGACGCUAUCAUGGCAAACAUUACAAACCUUUGGACGCUUAAUUAAAAGAGGACAUGAGGUCUGCUUAAUGGGAUGUUUUAAGACUUUUAAGUACAUUUAUAUUGAUAUAACUAGACUCCGAAAACCUGACUGGCAUCUGAACAGUAUUCAUGUUAAAUAAAAUACGAUGAGGUAGACUCCAUUUUCUUACAGAAAUACUGGUGUAAAAUUCACCAUUUUUGUUUCUCGAUCUAAUGGGAAUAAUUGUAACAUUGGAGAAAUGUUGCAGGAAAACAUUUUCAGGCCUUGCAUUACACACUGUAUAUUUGUAUCUGUUCGAUAUGUCACUGGAGUUUCAGUGAUUCACAUUAGUAUUUGCUCUGCUCUAGAGUAUAAACCCUGUUUCCAAAAAAGAAACUAUAAACAGACAGGCAAAAGUUCCUACACCAUCUGUAAAGUGGUAUUUAGAGUGGUAAAUUAUGUCCUAUUAAAAAAAAUUUUCUAUUAUAACACCUCUAAUUUUUUUUUCAGAAAGGAGUGUGUUUUAUUUGUACUUGUCCUUCUCAGUUCAUUGAAUUGGAAUGAAAUGUGAAUUAAAUAAAAAGCACUUGUGUAAA